CGGACAUGCGCCCUUAAGCCAACUUCCUCCCUCUUCGAACCUGCCCCCUAAAGGCUCCGCCCAUCACCGUCUAGGACCAAUCCCUGGAUGAAGGGCGGGGUUGCCACGGGAGUGGGCGGUAGCUAAGGGGAGUCAGUAGCCUGGAGUCGUGAGUCGGAGUCAGAACUGCGUCUCUCAACUCAGGCGCCGGUUGCUGAAGGGGACCGGGCGAGCAAUGCUGCCGCCACCGCUUCCUGAUUGGCUGCGUUUGGCUCCCUCUUCGUUCUGAUUGGCAGUUGGUGAGCUGGAUGAUGCUGAGCAAGGGCCUGAAGCGAAAGCGGGAGGAGGAGGAGGAGGAGGAGGAGGAGGAGGAGAAAGAAGCCCUGGCAGUCGACACCUGGUGGCUGGAUCCUGGCCACCCAGCAGUGGCACAGGCACCCCCAGCCGUGGCCUCCAGUUCCCUCUUUGACCUUUCGGUGCUCAAGCUCCACCACAGCCUGCGGCAGAGUGAACCAGACCUGCGGCACCUGGUGCUGGUAGUGAAUACACUGCGGCGAAUUCAGGCGUCCAUGGCACCCACAGCUGCCCUGCCACCUGUGCCCAGCCCGCCUACAGCCCCAGGCAUAGCUGACAACCUGCUGGCCAGCUCUGAUGCCGCCCUCUCAGCCUCCAUGGCCAGCCUUCUGGAGGACCUCAGCCAUAUUGAGGGCCUGAGCCAGGCUCCCCAGCCCCUGGUAGAUGAGGGGCCACCAGGCCGCCCCACUGGGGGAGCCCCACCCAGCUUGGGUGCCUUGGACCUGCUCGGCCCAGCCACUGGAUGUCUGCUGGACGAUGGGCUUGAGGGCCUGUUUGAGGACAUUGACACAUCCAUGUAUGACAGUGAACUUUGGGCAUCAGCCUCUGAGGGCCACAAAUCCAGCCCUGCGGAUGGGCCAGGCAAGGAGGAAGCUCCAGAGCUGGAUGAGGCCGAACUGGACUACCUCAUGGACGUGCUGGUGGGCACACAGGCACUGGAGCGGCCACCAGGGCCAGGGCGCUGAGUCCCCCAGAGCUGGGGUGUUGAUCUGGUGUCCAAACUGAGCCUGGUGGCUGGACCAACUCUCCUUUGAAAGACACAGCUGGCUUCCCUAGAGAGGGGCUUUGGAGAGAAAGAAUCCAGUCCUGGGAAACUUCACCUCCGUCCUCUGGUCUCUGGCUGAUGGGGGUAGUCUGGAAUUGGCCCUUGUGAUGAAAUGACAGGGCCUGGUGGCUGGAAUGUGAUUGGACCAGGCCCAGUGCUGAAUCCCUGGAGGCACAGCUUGGUAUACUCGUUCCCUGGUGUGGGAAAAGACCCCAACCAGUUUUUUUGAAAUUAAAGCCAGUCGUGGGAAG